AGCUUACAGCCAAUUAGGAGCCCUAAGCUUUAAACUUCCAACCUUCAUCUUCAAGCUUCCGCGUUCCGAGCGCGUUCUAACAACUUCACGAUGGCGGCAAAAAUUUUCGUCCUCGGUAGCGUUAACGGCAAAUUCGAGUCCGCUUUCCAGAAGCUCACAGCUUUGCACCAGAAGCAGAACUUUGCCUUCGCCAUAGUUACUGGAGAUCUCUUUACGUUCGACCAAGACGAAGGUUCCUUGUCGCGGCUCCUUAAUGGGGAUAUCCAAAUACCAAUCUCAACCUAUUUCACUACAGGCACCAUUCCCUUGCCUGAUCAAGUAGUCAAGCGCGUUGAGAAAGGCGAAGAUGUCUGCGAAAACCUCCAUUUCCUUGGUAAACGAAGCAUUACGAAAACUUCAGAUGGGGUCCGAAUCGUGGUACUAGGCGGCGCUCUUGACAAGUCUAUUGUGGGUGGUCAAUCGAAUGAACAACACCUUCCGCUGCAUACAGCCGAUGAUGCGAAGAUACUGCGCGGCGCUAACACCGCCGACAUCUUAUUAACAACGUGCUGGCCCUCCGGAAUCUGGGCAAAUUCGAGCAAGCCGCCCACCUUAGAGCAACAAACCUCUAUCGCAAGCAGCGACGAGAUAGCCGAAUUAUGUACUACCCUUAAGCCUCGCUACCAUUUCGCAGCCUCAUCUGGAGAUUUUUUCUACGAACGGGAGCCCUUUUUCCACCCGCCUAGUAACCCCGAAUCCGACCAGAUACCUAUUACUCGGUUCAUCUCACUUGCUCCUUAUGGCAACGAAGUUAAAGCGAAGGCCAUGUAUGCCUUCAAUCUUGUCCCUGGAGAAGCGCCUUCUUCUACCAUACCUCCUGGCAGCACAUCUUCUCCGUUCCUUCCUAAACCCAACCCACGGAAACGACCAGCUCCCAGUGGGGAUGCUACUGGUCAUCGCGGAGGGGGCCGUCAUGUACGCCGUCGGAAGGAACGAUCGCCUCCUCCCGGCCCUGAUCGGUGUUUCUUCUGCCUGAGCAACACGCAAAUAGACACCCAUAUGAUCUGCUGCAUAGGAGACGAUUCUUAUGUCACUACUUCCAAGGGUCCACUACCUGAUUCAGACACAUUCGCCUCAUCCGGCCUCUCUUUUCCAGGACAUCAAAUCAUCAUACCCCUUCCUCAUGAGCCCACUAUUCGCGCUAUGGGACAAGAUGCGGACAAAACGUACAAGGAGAUGGCGCGCUUCAAGGAGUCUAUGCAAGCUAUGAUUGCGACGGAGUCAAAGUUCAAGUUGGGCGCAGUGACUUUCGAGAUCAGUCGGCAACAUGGAAUUCACGUUCAUUGGCAAUUCAUCCCGGUCCCUACGGAUCUCAUUCGCAAGGGCCUAGUUGAAGCUGGUUUCAAAGUAGAAGCCGAGAACCGCCAGUUCCCGGCUUUUGAAGAAGUGACCAUAGAGUCCGGUAUCGAUGAGACGUCCGACUAUUUCCGUGUCUGGAUCUGGGCCGAUGAUAGCGACACCGGCAUCCAAAGCAAGGAGUUGGUGAUGCGUUUUGACAGUAAAAUUCGCUUCGAUCUUCAAUUUGGUCGUCGGGUGAUCGCUAAGCUUCUCGGACUUGAGAGCCGAAUCAACUGGAGAGACGUCACUCAGCCUAUCGCUGAGGAGACUGAAGACGUCGAGAAAUUCAAGGAAGCUUUCAAGCCUUGGGAUUUCACUGCUUAAUUGAGCAGAAACAAUAGCAUUUUCGGGACCGGCGUUAGUAGUUCGCAAAAGUUAUGAUACCCGCGUUUGAGUUUGCGGUAUUUGCCAUGGCGUUCGGGUGGCAUCUUACUUGAUCAAAGAGUUUAGCAGUCAAAAUAACAGUUAGCAAGAAUCUGCAUGAUAGUGUACAGCAUCUGGGCCAGCAGCUGAUUUGAUUUCGCAUCACAAGAAUGAUGGAAGAGGCGGAUGCAUAUGAGAUUACAUUGAGAGCAUAUCAUCGGCGCAACAUUACAGAGCAUUUAAAUCGGAUAGUUGAGGUCAUAUUCGGCCUUGCGAAUGGAACGGUGGAUUAUGAUUUAUUGAAAUUUGAAGAAAAUUGUGUUGACUUCUCAGGAUAGCGGACU